AUGAAACAAAGUAUGAUACAUCAAGAUUUGGCCUUUGAUUAUUUGGAAUUGAAAAUUUCGGUCGAUGACUCUUCAGAGGCCAUAAAUUCUGCACAAACAGCUAUAUUUCAGUAUCUUACUAAAGUAUUACUAUUGUACGAGGAGAAUGAAAUUGGCAAAUAUAAAACAGAAGAAUAUAAAUAUGUAUCUGACCAAUUAAUGAAUUUACUACUUUUUUUGAAGAAAGAUCACGCAAAAAAGGGUGCCCCGAACUUCAUGACAGUUAACUUGUACAGAUUGCUAGGCAGAGACCUAUCAGCAUCCUAUUACACUCUUCUGCAAGAGACAGAUACAAAAUUUUCUUCUAAAUUAUCAAAUGCCGUGAAUACAUUAACUGAAGUCUUUAUUAGAGGAGGAAACAAAAUCAGUAUGCAUGGCAAUUGGUAUAAUUGCUUCAAGCAUGGUGCUGUUAUUAUCCUUCAAUUUUUGUUCGAACGUUUCAAUGGGUUCUUGAACUCCUAUAAGGAAGAAAUGUUAACUGCAUUAUAUAAACAUUUGGUGAAAUGUUAUGACAACUAUAACGCUGCGGUGGAAGAUCACAUUUUUCGGGCAAAUUACGUUUCCGAUAUGAUGAAACUCAUUAACGUAAUACUAUCAAAUGACAAUAAUUCAAAUACUUUAAAUGAAAAGUUGCUGACUAGGCUUUUUAAAUUGUGCAAAAACAUAUUAUCUCAGGACUCAAAUGAUCAUCCAAUAUUCCCUGUCCCAUCGUUAAUACAGGCUGUUGACAUAACAUCUAUACUCCUAAAAUCAGACCGCUAUCUUUCUGGUAUCUCGUCGAAAAAAGCACGCUCUAGGCCAGAUUAUUUUUUAAUAACCAGCUCAAAAUACCUAGAGAGGACAAUCUCUUGUUUUAAAACGGACCACAAAGAACUUAAAUUGAUAGUCGCCAAAAACCUUGCUGAUAUCUUAACUUUUAAUUAUAUAAAGUUUGGUGUCAAUCUUCGAAAUCCUAGAGGUGCGCUAAAGUGCUGUUUAUCCUUUAUUACAGAUAGAUACACACAUAUUAACUCAGGGGAUAAUAUUCAAAUUGGAAUGGUUCAAACACUAGUUCAGUUUAUUGCACAAUUAAAUCUUGCAUAUAAAACAGGCUAUAUUUCUGUAUCGGAUAGCGAGCCGGCAAAUUUUGUAGCAUCUGAAAGUCUGCAGAUUCUCACAGAAAUAUAUCAUCAGAUAUUUGAUAUGACUCUGCUCAAUUUGACAAGGGAUUCAUCAUUAAAGGAACAUCAAUUUAUUUCGGAUAAGACAACGGAAGAAACUGGAUUUAGAACUUUACGUGAUUUAAAUGCUUUUUAUCGUUGCUUCCUUCAGGAAGUCGGUGAUGACGCCGAUGAGUUAGUGAUUCUUGGACAUUUAUUUUUCAAAGAAUCAAACUUAGCCAAAAGUGAAACACUAUCUAGUAGAACAUUGUUUACACCUCUUUGUGAGUUUAAAAGCAGCAAAAAAACAUACUACUAUUGGUUAACCUUGUUAGAAUUUGCGCAAUUGAUUAUUGAACACAUUGGCGAAUACCUUUACAAACACUUAGAAGAUAUUGGUGAGACCCAUGAUAAUCUUGGGACACAGCUAGCGCAACAGCUUUUUGUACUAUCACAUUGUGGGAUACCUGCUCUACAGUGGAAGGCUAGCGAAAUUUUAAUUCAGGUACUUCAGAUUCAGCCGGAAUUAUCACAUCAGUUAAUAGGCAGAGCUGUCUCAGAAGUUACUUCUAUUUUAGAGGUAAAGGGUAACAAGUCAACAAUUAGUUUUGAGGAAAGUCUUGGAUUUGCAUUUUUUACUGCAUCAGUUUUGACAUAUUGCCGGACUUCUUCUUUUUCACCUGAUAUGGAUUUACGCAUAUUCACCUUAUGCCAGGGUUACUUAAAAAAAUAUGCGUCAUCUGAUUUUUCAAGAGGUCAUGUUGGAAAUGCUUCCAGUCAAACUAUGAGCGAUACUGAUUAUCAGAAACAAGUGACUAGCUGGAUUCUAUUGUCAGGAUUGUUCAAUUAUGGGGCAAAGGAGAAGUACCAAGAAAAUAUUUUUUGGAUUGAUUCAACUCAAAUUUUGCAGAUAUGGAAAAGUAUUCUUGGACGUUCACUGCCAGAUUGGAUUGCUCGUGAUGCAAUAGCUGAUGGUCAAUCAAAUAUCAAUUAUGUAAUGGAAAUUAUUAAAAUUGUUGAAAUCAAGACAUACGCACUAACGUGUCUCUCCAGCUAUAUUGAUUUUGCUAUAAAAUGCCAUUUCGGCCAAGACAAGAACAUGCCUGAAGGUAUUUUAUCACCAGAGCUCACCAAAAAUAUUAAUAAAAUGCUUAUUCAUUCAUUCAGUUUUGUUAAAGGUCUUUUUAACAUGUUCAAAGAGGCUAAAAUAUGUCUCCCUGAAAGAUUAAAGUCAUCACUUUUGACUAAUCAAGUGAGAAUAUAUACGGUAUUGAUAAAGAUUAUACCAUAUUUGAAUGUUAAAACUGAUUUAAGUUCAGCAAUGUUUUUACAAGUUGUGGAUGAUUUUGCGGGUCUGAAUCCAAAUAUUUUUGAUGAUGGGGUAUACCAAUCUUUCUUGAAAGCAAAAGGACAGCAAAUUGAUCAGAAGUAUGAUAUAUAUGAAACGUGCGACAGAUUAUGUUAUGGACUUACAAGUAAGUUUGAUAAUUUUUCGGUUCAAACUAUUAAGAUUAAUUCUAUAUCUAAAGUAUAUGCAGGUAUCGUGAGGGGUAACACAACGGGUGAUAUUGAUACAAGCAUGCAUUUGAAACCUGUUUCCAUAUUUGACGAAUAUACAGAAUCAUGGUCGAGCAGGAGAAAUUCUCACAAUCUUGCAAAUGAUUAUAUGUUUUUGUUAUCCAAUGCUGGUCGCGCCCGAGGGUACACAAAUGAUGAGAAAUAUCCUGUUCGUCAUGAAAUAAUACUUGUGGAUCUUGCUAUCGAAAUAUUUUCAUUAAUAUUUCCAUCUCUUAGUACCAAAGUUCAACAAUCAAUCAUUGAAAACAUUAGAAGUUCGGCAUUGCUGAAUAAUAACAAGAAAGGGAAUAACCAUGAUCGGGUCAUACGUACUGCUGCUGCUGAUACAUAUUAUUUUUCUCGCAAACAGGCAAUAAUGAUAAACAGUGCUAUUGCGAUUUAUGAUGCAUUGUCCUAUGCGAUACAGAAAAACGUUAGCGAUAGUAUUAUCUCGGUAGCUGUUUUGGAACCAUUAUCUAGGACUUUAAAGGAUUUUGACAAUGAGGACUCAUAUUUGUCAGAAAUAAAUUCCCGAAGUAUUGGAUUGAUUGCCGCUUUGACAAGACGCAUAGACACAGGUGAGAAGUUGCAAUCCAUCAUUUCUUCUACAACGAGGUCCAUAAUUGAAGAUAAAAAUCCAUUAAUACGAGCAUUUGAUGUAAAAUCGUUGACAGAAAUCAUUAGCUCAAGUAAGAUUCCAUGUUCUCCACAGGCACUCCAGAUAUUGAUGAUGCUUUGCAUAGAUCCGCACCCGGUCGUUCAUAGCGCUUCAAUGGAUGCAUUAAGCAUUAUUAUUAGUUCGCAGUCUCCUACAAAUUUAAGCUUAUCGUACAUAUGGAAAACACUCGACGUUUUGGCAAAAGUCUGGAUUGAUGAUAGAUUUGGAAUAUCCUCUCCUACCACUGUUUGCUGCAAUAUGAAUUGUCGAGACUACCUUUGUUCCGAAGUUCUUGUCGGUAAAGUUAUUAGAAAGGUAGUUGGAUUUUCCGGGCCUUUGAUUUCUACUUGGAGCUUGGAACACAAGACUCUAUUGAAAAAUUUAAUUAUUGCAUUGCUAUAUCUCAAUGAAGAUCAUGUUUUAGCUGUUUCCAGAGAAAUGCUAAAGUGCUUAGAGGAAUUAGUUGUGUUUGACAGAACUCUUUUUUUGGGAUCGGUUCAUCUUCAUUACUUGGAGUUCCUUUUACAAAAUAGUUUUGCGAUUGGAAUUUACAAUGGCUCGUUAACAUGCAUGCCACUCGAGGCUUCAGGGGAAGAAUUGAGAAUUGGAACUCUUUAUCCGGUGACAACCAGUGUGAGAAUACGCGGAAUGUGCCUAGAAUAUCUUCAGCAAUUUUUGAAGAUUCAUUCGGAUAUUUUGAAAUUACCAUCAAGAAUUGAAGACCUCCUUUGGAUAUGCUUGGAAACUAAACACGGUUGUCUGCAAUCUUGGAACAUAUUAAGAUCUUUAAUUGGACAGUCUGGGUCGGAUAAGGCUGAAUGGGUUGCGAAACUUGUGGAUUACUUCGAUUCAAAAAAGUUUGAUUUAUGGAAAAUUGUCUUGGACGCCUUUAAAAUUAGGAUAGAAAGCGACGGUACUAUUCCAAAAAUUACUAUUUCACAGAUAGCAGAAGAUACAGGAACUGUUCAAAAAGGUGACGAUUCUUCUCACAAUAAUGGCCAGACCUCAAGAAAAUAUAGCGAAGAGUCUGAUGACAUAUUUGAAGGAAAUCAGGAAGCACUCAAUGUCAACACUGAUGGCGCGGAAAACAGCGAGAAAACAAAGUCAUCAGGACUAAAGGGUGAUUUGAAUACUAAAACAUUAUCACUUAAUCCUUUCAGUUUGAAGCUUGCGGAUACCAACUGGGAAUUUCGCUUGCGCAUAAUUUUGAUGUUGAAUGAGACUCUGGAAUAUGCUAGAAGAGACACUUCAUUAAGGAACAAGCUUGCUAGAAAAAUAUCUGAUUUGGUUAGAAUCUCAUUUAUUGGUACCACAUCAGGCAUGCCAACAUUAAGACUUGCAUCUUUAAAACUUCUACAGAAUUUGAUAGAUAUAUACGCCAAUGUUAAGGAUCCGGCGACAAAAAAUGAAAGUCUACUUUGCCAGCAGCAGGCUCAAAUAAUUGCCGCUAUUUCCCCAGCAUUUGAAGAGGGCUCAAACGCAGACAUAGUUUCUGAGGCAAUUUUACUUCUAUCAAAAUUAAUCACUACCGGUGUAACGCCUGUUACCCGUGUCGGAAGAGUUCUUCAGAUUUUGACCUCUGCAUUGGAAAAUAUGGCAAUUAAUAAUUCUUUUACUUCUUCUACGGGGGAGAAUAUCAUAAAGAUUGGAAAGCUUCAAAUUAGUACGCAGAACUCAAAAGAAAAGGUUUGGUAUUACCUUUUACAAUCAUGGGCUUAUAUAAAGACAGAAGGUAACAAGGAUGAUACUGCUCUAACUGCAUUGGUUCACAAAUAUAACAAUAUUCUUGUUCCGUUAUGGUUUUAUUCAUUAAGAAACUACGCUAUUAAAAAGUACGGGGAAAGAGACUUCAACACCAAGAAUGAAGUUCGUGGAAUAUUUAAUAACCAUUGCUGGAUAAGCAUUUUAAAGGCAUCUACUCAAACAGUAGCAGAAAACCCUAAAAAUUUUUUGGAUUUGAUGGGGGAUGAAUCGGCAAAUUUCGUUUUGGUUGUUUUGGCUCAGUGCAUUGAAACUUUAAUACAGCUAUCAUCAAGCAAUCGAGUUGGAGAUGAUCAGCUUGAGGUCAUAAUUAUUCGAUCUUUGGACGAGCUCUUUAGUGUGGACAUCGCCUUGACAAUUUUAUUCAAAAGGUUGGUCUUUGGGGAAUUUAUCGACCUUUUUGACCGGCUCAUUUUUGUUUCCAGUUAUAAUGUUAAACUCGAAAUUAUAAGGCUUUCGAAGACUAUUUUUGAAAAUUAUUUUAAGCGUGAGGAAACAUCAAGUUCAACGGGGAGGGAAGUAUCAAAUGAUGUGGAUGAACUUUUUGAACUUAUUAGAUUGAAUAUUCUCCAUAUUACCAAUAUUCUACCUUUUUUGAAGGAUGGUAAAGUUACUCAUGACCAUGUUGAAAUGACAGAUUCUGACAUCAAACUGCUGAAAGAGUCUUUUGAUACAGUAGUUGAAAUGGCACAAUUUCUUCCAGAAGUUAUGCAGAUUGAUGUUCUUUCGUGCACACUCUACAUGCUCACAUUGAUCUAUAAGUUCAGAAACAAAAAAAUUAUUUCGACGUUGUUACCUUCAUUAAAACGAAUUUUAUCAGAUUUUGCAGCUGUGGAUCCAGAAGAUAUCAAUGUCACGAACUUUUUUACAACAAUUAAUGAUCAACUUGAGAUUAACGAUGAAGACUCAUUGAUUACUAUAUUAAUUCUCGUUUCGACGAUCAAUAAUAUGACUUUAAGAGAAAAUGACUUUGAUAAUAUUUGCAGAUUUUUGAUUACGGGACUCAAGUCAGAAGAUGCAAGCAUAGUGGCAUUGACAACACGUACCAUAAACAUUUUGAUAAAAGAAAGAAACAGCCCUUCACGUGAAAUUUUAUUGUCAAAAUUAAUUCCCGAAAUUAUUAAUGUAAUAGGAUCGGAAGUAAAUGAAAUUCAGGAACCUAGACUCAUGGUUGAGAUUUUGGUUGCAUUUAUAAGAAGAUUAUCCAAAAAUGACAAUAGAUUAUUGACAGCAUACUCUGUAUUCAUUCCUGUUAUGUUAUGGUUUUCUACUAUCGAUGACAACAAAUUUCGGAGUUACGUACGGGACAAAUUGCAUAAAUUAAUGAAAAUUUCUCCCGAGGUCUUUAAAAUGUAUGUUGUUGGAGUUUCUGAGAGGAGGAAGAUACAAAUUGGGGAUUUAAUGAAGUAUUUACCCCAAGGAAUAACUUCAAAUAAAAAUGAUGACGAAUCAAAAACCACGCUGCAAGAGCCGGAGGACCAACCGCACAUAAGCUUAAUAAAAUUCGAGUAA